CAACCCAUGCAAGCAAUGCUCCAGCGUCCGAAUCGCACAUCCAUGUCGCAUCGCAUUGAAGCCAGGGUUUCCCUGGAUCUGACAAGAGAACAGACGCACUCUCUUCGUCUCGCGCAGCGUCUGUUCUUAUGCGCACAGAGGCUCCAAAAUAGCUAGAGCCUGAAGAACAUCCAAGAAGAAUGAUGAUGACCGGAGCUGGCCCGGCGGCUUAUAUCACCGUGACUGCAAAGUAAUAACCCGGAGCCAAGGUUGGCGAGCCGGCGGCCGUCGUUUCUGGGUCAAGGGCGGAUCGAAACGAGCCUCUCGUGCCGCUCCUCCCAUCUGCGACUUACUUCACACCUCUAGCGCCCGUUUAGGAUCGAUCACGCUCCCCUUCGUCGCACUGCGCAGUUGUUCAACAGUUAGGUCUGAGGUCUCGGUAAUGCAGAUGCCAGAUGGGUUGAUCCCAUCCAGCCUGGGGCCUUCUUCCGCAUUGGGCCCUGGACUAAACUCUCGAUGCUGGCAGUGUCCAAGCUUUGGACGGGGGCAGCAUGACGGUAAACCAUCAAACCUCCUUUCAGAACAAGGAGGUGAGCAUCAAGAUGGGGCAUGGACCACUGGUUGCUGGUGGCCGUCGCCUCUUGCAAAUCCAAUCCGCCUCCCGCCCCAUACCACCACGGGCAGUUUCAAGACCAACCCAUUUGAACCCAUGUCCUAUGCGUUUUUUUCUCCUCCCAUGGCAAGCGUUUCCGUUCAUCUCCACCCCCAUCGUUUGUGGUCGAAACAGGUACUGCCUGUUUAUGCCCGGCUGGGCUGUCGUUGCUGCUGGACAGAUGCAGGUGCAGCGGCAACUUUUGGCUGACGCCUCACCCUACCUGCUUGCUUGCACACGUCUCUCUUUCUUCUGCCGCAAGUCAAGUUCCGCCUGCGCCGAACCAUGCCAUGGUGAAGUAGUACCUGGGAUGGGGGUUAAAAGUCACUCAGGAAACAAUGCCGCUUGAGAGCCCAACUAACCUUGAUGACUUGACCCUUCUUUACCGACUUUGUAACCCGACCACUCACGUACACCGCCCCCCAUCAUAGACUUUCUUCUUCGCGGUAUGCCCCCAACUUUGAUGCACAAUAAGAACGUUCUGCGCCAUUAAACAUGGCAUUUUAGUCGAAGUAAGCGCUGUUAGCCAGAACCAGCCAGCCUGAAGAAUAGAGGGUGUCUGUCAUGCACGAAGUCGUGGUCAACCCAUGUCGUUUGCCCUAGUGGGGACGGUAUCUCGCGUAGUCGACAUGUUCGGCGUUAGCACUGAUCUUCUUCGACGUCCCUAGAACCGGUCGGUCUUGCAUUUCUUUUUUUUUUUUUUCUUUAUCUAUUUGCCAUUUCGUUCUUGGAUGGAGCAACCCCUCAGCAACCAAAGAAGAAAAAAGGUCAAUUGGGGCUCUUUUGAUUGGGGAGGGGUGUGUUGCCAUUUCUCCUGCCAAGGGGCGUGGUCUGGGAGUAUGUCGAAUGGCCGUCUCAUUGACUUUUUACUUGGCCACCAAACAAUUGGACCCAAGACAGCUAGUACCUGUUGGGUACCUCUUCUCAUCAGUCCAAGCGUGAACGGGGAUUGGACUUUGACAUUUCGCCUUAGCCCUCUUUCCAGCUGGAUCAAGAGCCCGAGCAUGGCAAACCGGUUCUUGGUCCCGGGCUCUUGAUAUUGCAGCUGGGUGUUGGGAGCGUUGGAGCUACCCCAAACCCAACCGAAGUCGAUGAGGUCCGUCCCGAAGCCCCCGGGGGUUACUUCCAGAGGUUACCCGUAUCUGACAGGGCCAUCUCUACCGCACAAGUCAGGCGUUUGGCAUUCUGGGGUACGGACCCUGACUUGUGGCUCAGGUUAUCACUCACCACCCACGGCAUCCGAGCCCUGGAGCCCUGACCUUGCCCGCAUCCCUUGUUCUGUCUGUUUCCCUGGCCGACCCACUUUGCACACACGCCCCCCUCCAUCUGCACCCCCUCCCUGGCCCUUGGCCCUUGGCCCUGGUUGCCAUCCAUCCAUCCAUCUCCUUCAACACGACAUGCAGCCUGUCUGUACACUUCCGGUAUGGCUAUCACCGGUGUUCUUUUCAUGGAAUCCCAACCAUGAAGGCCUACUCGUCCUCACAGUAUUAGUUUACCCUCAUAUGCCCCCCUGAACCCUGACCCCAUCCCCCGCAUACUGUCACUCUCCUUAGACACCGUCAUCAAGAAGUUUUUCUUUCCCCUUCUCAUCCUGGCUACCCAUCUGCAGAGGCGCAUCUUCCCGGACCUGGAUACAGCCUCUCCCCUGCUCUAUGCUCGGUGACUAUGGAAAAGGUCUUCUCUCUUCUCAAGCAGUCGUCUAGCACCCCCGUCUGACCUUACCACUGCUCACCUACCUCAUCAAGCUCGGCACAUGCUCAUUUAUUGGCGAACGCAUGCUCAGGAACCUACCCAAUCAUGUUUUGAUGUCUGCCAUCAGCACACGAGCCACCACCGUUGUCUAAAAGCUACUAUUAUAACAACCAGUCUCGAAAGGGGGUCUCUUUCUCGCUCGGCUACCAAUCUACCCCCUUUAAACACGCGCUGUCUCCCGAACUUCACGGCUUACAAAACUCGGAAUCGCGUCCAUCACAUAUCCCAACCUAGCUCACUUCGGCCGACAACAACAUUUGCGAAACCCGUCCUGGUCUCCCGGUCCUAGUCUCCGCGCCAAACGGUUCACUGACCUCCGUAGAAGAACAGCUACGGUGGAGUGACCUUCUUCUUGCCCGGACGUACUGACCAGCGAUCCCCUGCUAAGCAGUCGAAGGAACGAAGCUUCCAUUGUUGAGCUCUCGGCACCUUUGGCUUCACUGCAACUCGAGAGCAACAACCGGUUUCUGUUGGUGGCGUUGGACAAGGCGGAAAACGCGUUUCCCCCGUCUUCAGCCCUGGCCAUCUAUGAACUUGCUGCCGCUAUAGGCAAAGACCGGCGAGACACCGUCACCGUGGAUAUCGCGUCAUUAAUCAAAGGCUCCGACUCAAAUGAGUCCACUGCAUCGCCUACCCAGCAGGCUCAUCCGACUUCGACUGCAACAUUUUCGCCGGCAACAACGUCCCCAGGUGAUCCUCCUCCUCUGGCCUCCUUUGCUGUAGCACCCGGCACAGUGUCUUCGCAAUUUGGCUUCGUCGGCGGCACCGGAUUUGGGGGCUUCGGGGCAUCUACGAUACCUGGAUACUCUCAGCCGACUGCCACUUUGGCGCCAGCUUCAGCAUCACGCCCGCCCAGUGGAAGUAAUAAACGCAGCAUGCCGCCUCACACCUCCGAGUCGCCGGCGAAGAAACAAAGCAAGUGGUCUCCGGAAGAGGAUGCUCUCAUCAUAGAGCUCCGGGGCAGUGGGAUGAAAUGGGACGACAUAUCGAAGCGGCUUCCAGGACGGAGCUCCAUCAGCUGUCGUCUUCACUACCAAAACUAUCUGGAAAGGCGGAGCGAGUGGGACGAAGAGCGCAAGAACAAGCUCGCAAGGCUGUACGAGAGAUUCAAACCUGAGAUGUGGGCAAAAGUGGCAGAGGAGAUGCAGGUCCCCUGGCGCGCCGCCGAGGCGAUGCACUGGCAGCUAGGUGAGAAUGAAAUGGCAAGGCGGGCAGGCGUGGUUCCAUUCACGCUGAACAUGACUCCGAACGACUCGCAAGGUUCCCACGGCCAUCACCGAAUUUCCCCCACGAGAGGACACGGCCACUCGCAGUCCCAGGGAAGCCUCCCCACCAUUCCGUCUCCACGAUACCACCACCAACACCAACGGGGCCCCGGGCCCGUCCCACCACCCUUGAUCCCACCCCCGAUGGCGACCGGCCGGCCCCUAGCCGUACGACGCGAGAGCCUCCCCCCGAGAUCCUCUUCCGGCAUCGCCCCUGAGCCCCUUGACUACGGCUACGGACAACCGCCUCCACCACCGGGUCCUCCGUUUGGGGGGCUCGCGCCGAUUCAGACGACGAGUCUUGGCCCAGGUCAAGGACGCGGAGGCGUGCUGCCCAGUGUGGCGGAACUGACGACGGGAGUUAGCCCGUAUAGCACUCCGGCGUACUCGGUGGGAGCUCCUAGUGCGAGUCCUAUCCACAGCGCCACUGCUAGUCCGGUUCCUUUGCUCCCGCCUUUGGGGUACAGCUCGUCGUCGUCGUAUGGGUAUACACAUUUGGAAUCGUCGUCUGGGUCGAAGCGGAGGGCCAGUCCUGAUGUAAGCAGGGAGACUAGCAGGCGACGACACAUGUACCCGCGGUCUGAGGAUGGGGAUUACCCGCCUCUUCCGCCUCCGCCUCCGCCACCGAUGGGACUCGGGCAGGUGGCGGCUAGACGGCCGAGGUAUGAGCCAUAA